GCAAGCGGCGACUUCCGUUGCAGCGCAUAUGUGUGGCCGCUCGAUGUCAGAUUUCGUGUGAAAACCCCGUUGGGACCUCGGCCGGAAGUUUCCAGCGGCGAUUUCCGGCAGGAUCGCUACCUGCACCCGACAACACCGGGCCGAUGGACAUGCUCUUGCGGCAGUCAAAAUCGCGAUGAGGUCGACUACUGUCGAAAUUGUGGUGGUCCGUCUCCAGCCCAGCGCUCUCGUGAUGCGGAAGCCCGCCGUCGCCAGGAGGAAGCUGUGGAAAAGGCACAGCAGAAGCGCGAGGACGGGGAGCGCGCAGAUGCCGGCCAGCUAACCUUCGAGGACGUGCUGCAUGCCCACUCCACGGGCUUCAAAGACGGGCACUUUCCGAACGGCUUGGAGGAGUGCCCCAUGCAUGCAAGAAGGGUGGACGUGGAAGCCUGCAAGGCGAUGCUACGCCAAGCGGCUCUGACAGCUGGUCAUCUCUGCUACACUCGUAUCAACUGCUACAGCAAGGACGACUCUGCAGUGCGGCUGGCACGGGAAGCCUUCAACCAGCUGCAGGACAGCGGCGACUCAGAAGGUCAGGCAGCUGCGCUGCAUGUCCUGGCCAAGGCGCAUCUGGCCCGAAGCAGCUUCGCCGAGGCCAUGCAAGCGGCCGAGGAAGCGCUGCAGCGCUUCGAGGCGCUGGGACACGCUGCAGGCCAUGCUGCCACACUGAACGUUCUAGCCCAGUCGCUUCUCCGAGAGGAUCCCGAGGCUGCUCUGAAGCACGCCACCGCGGGUCGUGAUGCCUUUCGGCGCCUCGGGGACUCGAGGCGGGCCUCCAUGCUGGAGUGCACGGCUGUUGGUGCUUCCUUGGCCUGUGGUGACACUGCACGCGCAUUAAAAGAUGCAGAG